AUGGACGAAGAGGGCUUGGCCCUCCUCUUGGACACCCGGCCAAUGGGGCCAAUGCGCCUGGGCGCCAGGGUUAUCAAAACGAAUGAACGGCUCGGAUUGGUGCUGGGCGGGGCGGGGGAGCCCGCGGAACCGAGGCCGGAGGUCCCGGCAGGGCCGAGGUCCGAGGAGCCGCCGGGGCCCUGCGAGCCAGAGAAGCUGGGGCUGGAGGAGUCGGAGCCGCCGGGGCCCGAGGAGCCGCCAGAGCCGGAGGUCGCAGCAGGACUGCCGGGGCCCCCCGCGGCCGCGCCAGCAGCCGGCGGUGCCGAGGAGGAGGCGGCGAGCGGCGGGGACGGUGCGGCGGGCCAGGCGCCUCCCGCCGCGCGGGCUGAAGGGGCCCCGGGCCCCCUGGCGCCGGCCGCCCCCGGCGGAGCCGAGCGGAGGAGCGGCGAGGAGGCGGGGGAGGCGCCCGAGGAGCGGGACGGCGCGGAGGAGGGCGCGGAGGAGCGGCGGGAGCGGGCGGCCCUGCUGGAGCAGCACCGCGGGCUGGCGGGCGAGCGGGAGCGGCUGCGGCAGGCCAGCGCCCGCCUGCAGCUGCGGCUGGGCGAGCUGCUGCGGCUGCGGCGGGGCGAGAGGCGGCCGCGGGCGGAGCUGGGCGCGGGCGGGCCGCAGCUGUACGGCCAGCGCCUCCGGCGGCUGCGGGAGCUGCGGGAGCAGCGGGAGCGGGCGGCCGCUGCCUGCCGGGAGCGGGUGGCGGCCCGGCGGCGGGGCGGCGAGGAGCGGCAGGCCCAGGCCCAGGCCGAGUGGGCCGCCUUCCAGGCCCGCAAGAAGGCGGUGGCCGUCUUCAGCCUAGGCCGGCGGCUGGGCGGCAGGGAGGCGGCGGCCGAGGCGGUGGACCGCAUCCAGGCCAGGGAACGGGACAAAGAACAGCAAGUGCGCGAGGCCCGCGUGGAAAACAUCAAGCUGAAGCAUGAAAUCCAAACUCUUGAAACCAUCUUGAAAGCUCAGGGAGAACUGGUCGACAGUCAACAUUUUAUGGACUUGGAAGACAUGAAGAAAGAGAAUCAGAAACGCAGCGAAAAGAUUGGCGACCUCAGUGAUGAAAUCCUGAAGCUCAAAAAGAAGGUAUCGAACGCAGUACAUAUUCUCAGCCAGUUCAAGGAAAAACUACAGUUUGUGGAAGCUGAAAAUCAAGGCAGAAAGGUUGAACUGAUGGACAUUGAGAUAAUCUUGUCGCAGAAGAGAGACGUUCUGACCAAAAGCAAACAGGCCAGAGACAGACUGCAGAGAAACAAUCUGAAACUGCAGCAGAAACGUGGGUUGCUUGGAAAUGAGAUACUGCUUCGGGACUUUGAGGAAAUGGUGGGUAGCGUAGAGCUGCUAAGUCAGCGACUGGAAACACUGAAACAUCACCAUGCUCGUCUGAUCCUUACUUGUAGGGGAAUUCAGAAAAAAAUCAAGGAAGCCAAUUCCUCUUUCCUUGCUGAGGAUGGCUAAAGAAAAGAAGGCAUG